CUGUGCCUCCAAGGAUGUUUUGAGAGUCACACAAUUCUAAGGCUAAUCUACAGAGAUUACUUAUAUGACUCUCUCAUGAUCUUAUUUUGGGAACUUUUCCAAAUAUUAUUUUGCUAAUUUCUCAAAAUAUCUUGGAGUUUAUCCAGUGAUUCUUCAAUCGAUUUCGUUAGGAUUUCGUCCAAGAUUUGUGUUUAGGACAUUUUAGCAUCUCUAGUACUAAUUUCCUCCAAAAUUGUCGUUCAGUUGUUUUUCAAGAUUUUAACUAAUAGUUCCUUUAAUGAUACCUUGAAGAAUUACUCCACAGAUUCCUUCUAUGAUUUGUGCAGGUAGUCCAGCAGAAAUUCUUGAAGAAAUUUGCCAUAGAAAAUCUCAGAAAAUGUAUCCCGAAUUUUUUUUGGCAUUAAUGUUUCAAGGGAAUUGUUAUGGUCAACAACAAGCCAUCGGGGUGCAUCAUACUGCACCAAAUCGUUGGACGAACAUGCCUCAUGUUGAGGCCACAAACACAUCACAAAUUCGCUAUACUGGCAAUCCUACUCAUCUGUAAUAGAAUACAGACCAUGCAUACCAUCGCAUACCUAAAAUAGACACAAAAAUCAGAUGGAACAUUAAAUGAAAAGCAAUUAACUCACCUUUCGAUCUUUUCAGAUCGAACACUAUCUAACGAUUGUUUAUUCACGUUUUUAUUUCCUCUAUUGACUGACAGCUCUAGAAGAUACAAUCGAUUAAUAAUAAACCUAUUGUAUAACAGUUACCUUUCAACAUAAUAUUGUAUACAACAAGACACUUCUAGAAUAUUCUAUGCAAGUACUAUAAGGUAGAAUGACAUAUCAAUUGGAUACCAUCAGUUGUAUGAAAUCAGUCUGAAAUAAACCGUGAAUUCGGACGUGUCUCCUUUUGUGUAAUGAUUCCUUAAUAAAUCGUACUCACGGGAACAAAAAUCGUUAAGCACAUACCUAAGAGAUUGUUGGAGAAUCACAAUCACAAAAAUAAUCUAGAAAUCUUAACUAAAACAAAUUUUACAUGAAUAUCUUAAAAAUUCCCGUGGAAAUUUCUCUUGCGAACAUCUCUCAAAAACUUCCCAACUGCUGAGGAUGUCUUAAAGAUUUUUCUGUAUGAAUUGCUAUUUUCCAAUAUUGAACAGAAGAAAUAUAUUGAACAGAAUCCCUAAUGAAAGUUAUGUAUGUAGAAAUGGUGAGCAUAAUUACUUAAGUGCGACAAUCCAAAUGGCAUUUUGAAGAGUCCAUAACAAUUUUACGUGGAAAAUUUGUUUUGGAAUUUCUCGGAGACUUCAAAACAAUUUUCCAGCAAUAGUCUCCAAAAGUAUUUUGGAACGAUUUCUGAGAUAAAUCGGGUACAAGCUCACCAAGCAAUUCACAUUAAAAUGACUGGAGAAAAAACCUUAAAAUACUCUGGAAUAAGCCUUUCGAGAUUUUCUUAGAAGAACUCCUGUAGAAAUGUUUUACAGCUCUGCUAUGGUAACUACUGGAAGAAUCGGUGAAAAACUGGAAAAAUCUCUAAACGAAAUCCUGGAAAAGCAUAUUGGAAUUUUUUUAGAGUAAUCGUUGUGGAAAUUUCUGGUUAGGUAUUCUGAAUUUAGCCAUUUUGGUUAAAAAAGAGAUUUUAGAGGCUUUCCAUUACAAAUAGAGACUUUGUAGUGACUUGUAAUAGAAUAGAAACAAUAAGUUUCUCAAACGAAACCCGCUACCAGCCCUGCAGUGGUGGAAAGCGCGAGAUGAUGACGAUGAUGCUGAUGGGCUGAUUUUAAGCAAUGCGUAUCUUCUGCAAAACUGCAAGUGACAGCCGGAGGGCUCCCUCCCUCGAGUGAUAAGUGGUGGCAGCUGAGCAGUCGACCCAAACACGGUCAUUAUUUAAUAGGUUGGAGCCAUGAAACGAAGUCACAAAUGGUGAUAAAAAUAGCAAAAAGAAAAUUUAUAUGCAGUGCGCGAGGUGUCAGAAAUAUUGAAUUGUGAAAUCUGUUCGGAAAUGUGACAUCAAAAAACACCUCGGGGAGUGCCCGGUAUUUGGUCUCGUUUCCGUUCAUCCGGCGCCCCGCAACGGCACACAGUGAUAGAUUAGUGGCAGUUUCUACAUCGGAGGAAUUGUACCGUAGAUUGGAUUAAUACAUUGACGGCGAGAAUUCAAUAGCGAAUCCGUGUGUGCGAUGCGGAAAUGUUUCGAAAUAUAGUCGAUCCUAUUAGUAUGCAGCAGAAGUGAGGGAGCUUUCGGAUGAAAAAGAACGAUUCAGACCUGUGCAGGAGUAAAGGUGAAUUCAACGAAAUUGAGCAUCGAGGAAAGCCGCAAAUGUGGUGUAAGCUCAUCGGAGCAUUAAGGAUUUAUUGCCGCAAAAGGAUUCAAACCAACAAGUGAAAGAUUUCCUGAAGGCGAUGGAGUAUAGUAAAAAUGUAGUUAAUUUGCGAGUGGUGCUUUUUUGUGCCAUUUCAUUCAAUUUAGGAAUAUCAAGUUCACUGCGGUCGUCGGCCGAUGAGCGCCACCAGUAUCGUGCGGCAGAUUCUGCCACUUCCGCAGCCUCUUCUCGAGAAUCAGAACAACUACAGCACCCAGAGGCAUCGCCACUGCUCGUCGCCGAGUCACAGAUCCUCGGUUCGCUGGAAACCGCAGAGAACGAGAUUUACGACUCGGAUGAGAGCAAUCUGCUGCGAACUCCGUUGGACCGGGGCCCGUACUUUGAUUUAUCAGCGUCCAAAAACAUUACGGCCCUGGUCGGCAAAACGGCCUACCUGAACUGUCGGGUGAAAAACCUCGGCAACAAAACGGUUUCCUGGGUUCGGCAUCGAGACAUCCAUCUUCUUACAGUAGGUAGAUUUACUUAUACGUCGGAUCAGAGGUUCCAGAGUGUGCACAAUCCACAGACGGACGAUUGGUCGUUACAGAUCCGAUAUCCUCAGAAACGAGACACCGGGGUGUACGAAUGCCAAAUAUCCACUACACCUCCCGUCGGGCAUUCGAUGCACCUCUCCGUAGUCGAGCCCGUCACUGUCGUAGUGGGUGGCCCAGACAUUUACAUCAACACUGGAUCGACGGUGAAUUUGACGUGCGUUGUGCGAAACUCUCCGGAACCGCCAUCCACCAUCAUAUGGACGCAUAACAACCAGGAAAUUAAUUAUGACUCACCUCGUGGCGGUGUGUCGGUGAUAACGGAGAAGGGCGAAACGACGACCUCGUACCUGCUAAUCCAGCGUGCCAAGGGAACGGACUCCGGCAAAUACGUCUGCUCGCCAUCAAAUGCCAACUCGUACUUCAUCAACGUGCACAUAUUGAACGGUGAGCACCCGGAGGCAAUGCAGCACGGAGGCCAGCUGAGGAUAGGUGACCCGCUGCACGUGUUUGUCUUCGUAAUCAUCACCCUGGUGGCGAGUGGGCGAUGAAGUCCAGCCUUUGAGUCGCACGGUAACUGUACUCGUGUGGUUGGCGACGACGAAGAGGACGACUGAAGUGAGGGUGGUGGGAAACCCACAUUGGAUGGGUGGGAGGAAGUGAGUGAAAUUGAGUUGCGACAAAGGCAAAAAUGAUCCUGGAAGUAGUUGCCCCGGCGGUGUGGCAUGUGUUGGACGAUUUGCGGAAAGCGUAGGAAUGUUGCAUUCGGUGGAAUGAAUUAGAACACUUUUUGCAGGUGCUAUGGGGUUGGAUACGUCUGUGGUGCUGGAAAAUAGAAAUAUAACGUGGGAAUUUUUGGACAUUGGUACAUGACCGCUAUAUAGGAGGAUAUAUUUAAUAUUCCAGAUUUACAGUCGGGGUGAGAGAUUUCUCAAGCUCUUCUCUUCUUCUUGGCAUUACGUCCUCACUGGGACCGAGCCUGCUUCUCAGCUUAGUGUUCUUAUAAGCACUUCC